UGUACAUGCGUGUGGUUAAAAUGUUUGUCUCCCGGCUCGGUUUCGCUUAGUGAAUGAACGUCACUUUAGUUGGAAGAGUUUAUUAAAACAGCGGGAGCAAAAAUGGCAGGAGAGAUGUCUAUAAUCGGUUCUGUGAUCCUGGCGUUAUUCCUGGCCGGAUAUCUGGGACAGCAGUACCUCCCUCCUCCUAAACCCAGAGUCAUCGGGCUCGAUCUCGGAACAACGUUUUGCUCGGUGGCCGUCUUCCAGCCAGGGACUGGGGACGUCGAGGUGAUCGAAGAUGAAAAGGGAAGAAAAAGCAUCCCCAGCGUGGUGUCCUUCACCCCCACAGGUGUGUACGUCGGACACGAAGGCCAGGAGUUGGCGGACAUCAACCCGCAAAACACGGUUUACGAUGCCAAGCGGUUUAUAGGGAAGAUUUUCGACCAGAAGACUUUGGACCAGGAAAGCGCUCGCUACCCUUUCAAGGUCGUGCUUAACAACGGCAGUGCCGAGUUCCUGCUCGACACCAACGGCACUUUAACCGUGAGCCCCGAGUUCAUCGGCUCUCGGCUGCUGUUAAAGAUGAAGAAAAUGGCGGAGCAGCACCUCGGGGUCCCCAUCGACAAAGCGGUGAUAUCGGUGCCAGCAGAGUUCGACGAGAUGCAGAGGAACUACACCAUCCGAGCUGCCAGUUUAGCAGGGCUGGAGAUCCUGAGGGUGAUUAACGAGCCCACAGCAGCGGCGAUGGCGUACGGCCUUCACAAAGUGGACGUGUUCAACGUGCUGGUGGUGGACCUGGGAGGAGGGACGCUGGACGUGUCUCUGCUCAAUAAGCAAGGAGGGAUGUUCCUCACCAGGGCCAUGGCAGGAAACAACAAGUUAGGAGGGCAGGACUUCACCCAGCGGCUCUUCCAGUACGUCAGCGACCGAGUGCUGCAGCAGUACGGCGUCGCUCCGUCCUUAAAGGAGGACAUCCAGCAUCUCCGUCAGGCCGUAGAAGAAGCCAAACUCAGCCUGACCAUCAACUCCACCGUCUCCCUUCAAGUCCCUCUCCAUCUCAGCAGCUCAGAAGCGCAGCAGGAGGAGCACGUGACCUUCAGACAGGAUCUCAGUCGCCAGCUCUUCGAGGAACUCAACGCAGAUCUGUUCCAGAAGAUCCUGGCCCCCAUCGAGACGGUGCUGAAAGAGGGCCGGCUAGAAAAAGACGAGGUGGAUGAGGUCGUACUGGUGGGCGGGUCCACGAGGAUCCCACGCGUCCGUCAGAUCAUCAGCGAGUACUUCGGGAAGGAAGUGAACACGCGCGUGGACCCGGAUCUGGCUGUGGUGACAGGCGUGGCGCUGCAGGCGGGCAUCAUGGGAGGAUCGUGGCCUCUGCAGGUCAGCGCCAUCGAGAUUCCCAACCGACACCUACGUAAAACCAACUUCAGCUGAGACUCAGCAGGAGGGACGUCUGGGCGGCACACAGACUGAAACGUGACUGAAACGCCUCGAGAGCUCUCAGGAGGAAAGCGACUGAUAUUUGGACGUGUAGUUUUUAAAAAAGCUCAAAACUUCAAAAUAAGAGUUUAAUUUUCUGUCUUUUGGACAAUUUUCUCUCAAAGUCUUUUCGGUCAUUUAGAAAACAGGUUUUAUUUUUAUAUAAAGCGUGGGAGAGGACCAUGUGACAUGUUCAGCCUACAUUUCUGAAAGCUUUCGAGGAGGGUGCUUAACCUCUAGCACUUAAAAAAAAAAAUGUUUUGGGAACAAACUGUAGGAUUUCUACAGAAAAGUUUGACUCUGGGUGCGCUUGGAAAUUGUGUAGGUUGAAUGAAGUAUAUAAAGAGUCAGCGGUAUUUAGAAACGCAAUUUGAAAUUAAGUACAUUUAAUCGCUUGUUUUGGCUAAUUUGAACAUGUAACGUUGUUCCGCUUCCUAAUACACACCGCUGUUAUAUUCAGAAAGAGUCAAAGUACUGAUCAGUGAAAUGAUGACUGAAAGGGUGCCAAUAAUAAUAAGUUGCAUUGAUGUUGAGUAUGAUGGAGAAAUCUCUGUGAUUAUCUCUCAAACGUCACCAGUCAUUCAUCAGCUAUUUAUUUAUUUAUUUAUCUCUCGCCUCUCAGUCUGUUCGUGACUACAUUUACUGAAGCCGCUGUAUUUUACUGUAAUUACUGUAACGUCACUGAUGUCACUUCUGCACCACGGACUAAUCAUGACUCAUCCGUUGUUUUUUUUUAAGCUUUGGGAAAACAAAUGCUGUUUUUCUAAGCAGGUAAUGUGUAUAAAAACCACACUGUGUCAAAAUAGGUACCUAUUAAUAGAUGUUUAAUAUAUUUUUUUGUCAUGUUUUCAUCUGAGUUUUACAUUUCAAGCUUAAGUUUUGAAGGAGACUGUUGCACUUUAAAAUACAGAGGCUUAAAUGUACAAAA